AUGUUGAAACGUGGAGCUCAAGGCCCUCAGGGGUCCAAGGAUGACGAGGGUUCUUUCGGGAUGGCCAGCACCCCCGAUGACAAACCCCAUCGGGCGACCGCCGCCCAGCUAGCCAGCAGAAAAAUCAAAGAUGUUCGCAGACGCCGGGCUCCAACUCCCACAACCGGUGGAGGCGCAUCUGAUGCGGCUUCGUUCAACCCUUUCGCAUCCGUGGCCCCGGCCGCGGCACCAGCACCCACCCAGUCGACUGGGUUCACAUUUGGUCAGACUCAGAGUCAGAGCUUCCCCGGGGCUAGCUCGGGGCCCAGUCAGGGUGGAAUGUUCUCGUCGGGCACUAACGGCCAGGCGGGUGGUCAGGCGUCAUUCAGCUUCGGUGCGGGCCCUACUUCAUUUGGAUCUGCACCACCGAGCAAUCCCUUUUCUGUAGACACAUCAUUUGGCGGAAAUUCUCAAUCAACUACCAAUGGAUUCAGCUUUGGAGGAUUCAGUGCCGGAAACCAGUCCACUCCGUCGUUCGGUGGAUUCGGAGCACAACAGAACACAAGCACUCCAGUAAAGCCCGCCCUAUUUGGGCAGUCUACAACACAUAUGACUUCGCCUGCAGAUGACAGCAUGCAAACUUCGCCCGAUACUAAGCCCAAGGGAGCGUCCAUAUUUGCACCGAAACCAGCCGCAGGUCCGUCGGCCCUUGGAAACUCAUUCUCGGACCUUUCAGGACAGAAUUUGGCCAGCAAUCCAUUUGCACCAAAGGCAACUGCGCCUGAGAAACCAACCGACAAGCCUGCGGAGACCCAACCUUUCAAGGCUCUUUUCGGAUCAACGCCCACCGCCUCGAAACCUUCGGAUGCAGAGAAACAGCAGCCAACAGCUAGCAAUCCAUUUGCGAAUCUCUCUGGGCAGGCUUCAGCCAGCAGCACCAACCUGUUUGCCCCUAAGAUAACUGCAGCGGAGCAAACUCCUGCAAAGCCCGCAGAGGCGGCUAAGCCUUUUGGUGCUCUUUUCGGGUCGACCUCCAGCUCUCAGGCCUCAGGGCCUGCUAGCAAUCUUUUCGCGCCCAAGCCAGCGGCAGAAGAACCAAAGGCAAGCAAUCCGUUUGCGACGUUGUCAGCACCAAGUUCAUUUGGCGGUUUCUCCUCACCGAAGAUUACUGGAACUGAAACUUCUGGAAAGGCUGCCGAGGCAUCACCGUUCAUGUUUGGUACACCUGCAGCAUCGAAGGUUCCGGAGGCUGGAAAAGAGCAGACGGCUUCGCCAGCAUUUGGCAGUAUGUUCUCGCCAAAGCCGGCUGUGGAGAACGCGGCUGCAAAGCCCACAGUGGACCAGCCAUUCAAGUCCAUGUUUGGUACACCUGCAGCAUCGAAGGUUUCGGAGGCUGGAAAAGAGCAGACGGCUUCGCCAGCAUUUGGCAGUAUGUUCUCGCCAAAGCCGGUUGCUGAGGAAACAGCUGCAAAGCCUGCGGCGGACCAGCCGUUCAAGUCCAUGUUUGGAACAUCUGUGGCCACAAAGCCUGCAGAGACUGAAAAGGAACAAUCAGCGGCGAGUAGUGUUUUCACGCCGAAAGUUACGAGUGGAGAGCAAACUCCUGUGCCUGCAGAGACCUCGCAAUUCAGCUCACUGUUUGGGGCGUCUCCUGCCCCGUCGAAGCUUGGGGAAGAAAAGACAGCCCCGGCGACACCUGUCAAUCCAUUUGCGAACCUGUCAGGGCAGAAUGCAUCUAGUAACCCAUUCGCGCCAAAGCCGACAGAGCAGGCUGCAAAACCCCAGGCACCGAGCGCCUCUCCCUUUGGUGCAACUACAGCAGUUGACCACAAUAAAGAGACUAAAGAGAAUAACUUUGCACCUGUCAAUAGCUCCCUGACCACCCCAUUCACUGCUGGCCCUAAGGUGUCUACUGAACCUCAGACGGAAGGAGCGACGAAAACUCCUCAGGUGUCGUUCGUGCAGUCUCCACGCGACCAUAAAAGCUCGUCUUGUUUACCUUCUUCUCUCCCCUCCUCCUCAACUUCUACUAUCUCCAAGACUUUCACUGCCUCAAACCCUGACAGUCUUUUCCCUCGACCUGAGUCUACUGUAUCAAUUGACUAUUCUUUACCUAAAGAUUCAGACGACAUGCCCCUCAAACGUCUCUUCCCUGAGGAUCCGACGGGCGAGGUUCAAACGCGAGCCAACCUUCUCAUGAAGAUCGGCGCCCUGACUGAGUCGUUGAAGCGCGAGGUCGCCAAAUGUAACCCCAUGACUGAUGAUAUCGACGAAGUCCUCAUUCUUUAUGCUGAACUUCGCCGUGAACUUGGUCUCCCUAUUGGGUCUAUCAACCCUGUCGAAAAGGCCAAACGCGCCGCCAUCAAUGAAGAUGAUGCUGCCAAGGAAGCAUCUGAUGGAUACGCACCUCCUCGGAUCCCGACACCUCCAACUUUGUCACCUCCUAGUUUGAAUGAGAAACGCACAGCUUCCCCCAACAAGCCUUCGAGUGGAUCUACUACUUCCUCCAAGUUUGCCCAGUCUUUCUCCUCUCCGGCUCCUGCUCCUGCUCCGGCGGCUACUUCUGUUGGUGCUUCUUCCGCCGCGGUUGCUGGUCCUUCAACUCCGCCUGCGGCUCCUGUUUCCGCUGCUCCCGUCGUUUCUGCCACCUCGACUCCCGCUCCGCUGACUAGUUCCGCUAGCGCUUCUCCCGCCCAUAUUGGUGGCUUUUCGUCUCCGUGUCCGGCUCCAGCUUCGGCUGCUGUUGAGAUUCCUAAGUUCAAUGGUGCAGCCACUUCCGUUGCCCCUGCUUUCAAAAUUCCCAAGUUCGAUGGUGCGGCCACUUCGACCACCCCAUCUGCUUUCCAAAUCCCUAAGUUUGGUUCAGCCUCUGGCGCCGAUUUUGCGGCACAGUUCAAGUCUCAGUCGGACAAGACAUUAUCUGAUGCAAAGGCCAAAAGAAAGGCCGAAGAGUUCGACUCCGAUGAGGAUGACGAGGAGGAGUGGGAGCGCAAAGACGAGGAACGCCAACGCAAGAAGCGCGCUGAACUCGAAGCCGCGUCUAAAAAGCGUGCCGUUUUCGUUCCUGGCGAAGGUUUCAAGUUCGUUGAUAGCGAUGAUAACACUGCUCCACAAAGCGCUAAGGAGCCUGCUACGUCUGCCAGCCCUGCCACCCCUGCACAGCACCUUGGGGGUACUAUCAAUCCUACUCCUCCCAUAUUUGCGCGCUUCAACGCUCCGUUGUCUGCUUCUGCUGGCGCAAACGGUGCCUCUGUGUCUUCCUCGCAAAACCAACCCCCAUUCCCUCAAUCAUCUCCGGACUCCUCCGAAUUCUCAACUCUCGUCGGAACAGCCAAGCGUUCACCUGCAGAUGCCGCACUCUUUGGGGGCAAGCCUGGAUCCCCACCCCCUUUCUUUGGUGCAUAUGGCGCAGGCCCUCCAAGCUCCUCCAGCGGCUCUUCGGUUUUCGGAUCAUCCAGUAAGCCAGUCCCAGCCUCUCAAAACAUUUUCGGUGGGCUCAAGCCGGCCUCGCCAAAACGCAAGGCCUCUGCGGAUGAAAGCGAUGACGAUGAUGAUUCCCCCCCAAAGAAGGUGAAGGCCCCCGAGAACAUCUUUGGCGGGCCCAAGCCAGCCUCGCAGAACAUUUUCGGACCCAAGCCUACCUCGCCCAAACGCAAGGCCUCUGCGGAUGAAAGUGACCAGGAUGAUUCUUCCGCAAAAAAGACGAAGCCGUCGCCUCCCCCUCCUUCUACAGGCGCUAGUCUGUUUGGGCGGGUCUCUACUCCAGCACCGAUGGCUCCUUCGACCAAUUCCUUCCCACAGCCCACGAUAGCCGCUCCUUCGGCCCCUCCUGCUCAGUCCACUCCCACCGGCACUGAAGAUGAGGAUGGUGAGCCUGGUGAAAUUUUCGAUCUGACAAAGGGCAAUGGCGGCGAGGAAGAAGAAACUGUUGUGUUCGAAGAUAAAUCCCGGGUUUUCAAACUUGAAACGGCCUGGUUGCCCAAAGGAACCGGCCCCGUCCGCCUUCUGAAGCACCCUGUUACUGGACGUGCGCGAAUCGUCGCCCGUGCUGAGCCGAGUGGAAAUGUCACCUUGAACAUUCUCCUGAAGAAAGAGUUUGACUACAAGCUCACUACUAACAGCGUUCAAUUCCUGGUGCCCGACGAGACUGGCCAGCUCACUCAUUGGGCAGUUCGUGUGAAGGGUGAGAGACUGCAAGAGUUCCACAAGCUGAUCCAAGAGAUCAAGAAUUAG